AUGUUCGUUAUCGGGGCUACACCUGAUAAGGUGUUUGGUGCUACUAGCGAUUUCUUCAACGCAAAAUGGCAGGGGGUUCCUCAGGUGACCUCGAACAACCCUUCAAGACGUACAUUCGCCUUCGAUAGUGCCCACUUCGUUGAGGAACUGAUGUCGGCAAACGUCGACCGAACCAACGAGGCCAACUCCUUCUCGGUAAAUUGGAAGACGACCAAUUCAGUAACCUUCGCUACUGCGACAGCCCUAGUCCGAAUCCCGUACUACGAACAAAACUUUGAGAUUGGACCUCGCUGCAACGGAAGCACCCAUUCCACUGGAAACUGGCGCACCUGGCUGUGCGUUUCGGGGGAUAGUUCCAAAGACGCUGCAAUGGAAUGGUUUGAGGCAAGACAUCGCAGUGCUGUUCAGAAUGUCUUUCGGGAACUAGGGGUUCAGGGUUGGUUGGAGGAACAAAUUAAUGGAGAAAUACCCGGUUGUGGUGCUGCAGCAACCACUACUGCACCUCCCUCUGCCGCGAGUAUGUCGACUUCCACGUCUUCUAACUCCUCCGCAUCCUCAACCACAUCCCCAGCCACCGUCAACUCGAUCCCUACCACAGCUCCCGAGCCUGUUCCCCAGGCGGCCCCUGGGCAAAUUAUCAUCGCCCCUGAGCAGAAGACUGCUGGGGGUCACAAAUACAAGGCGGAUGUCAUGUACGCCUUUGCUAUCGGUGGAAUCAUCGUUUCCGCCUUGUUACGACUGAUGGAAAGAUGAAAGGAAAUGAUACGGAUUGCUAGGAGAAAGCUUGGAGCUCGUCGAAGAACUGGGUGAUUGACUUAAUUAACGAGAGAGAAGUUUUUUGUUUCUUAAUACGAAUUGUCUAUCUCGGACUUGUACAUAUUCCAUGGGAACAGUUAAUCAUGGGUUGGAGAGAUGGACUGGUCGUUUUUUCCCAAGUUUCUGUUGAGGCGAGCGAACAUUUUCAUUUUAUGGGUCAGGGAA